AUGGAAGAGCUGCAGGACAAGGGAUUUUCCGCAUGUCGUAAUAGCUUGGACAUCAGACAAUCUAUUGAUGGUGCUGGUGAGCAAACCUUUAUGAAGAACUCAAAAACUACAGGUACUGUUAUGGAAAUAGUUUUCCUUUGUCGUUAUAUUUAAUCCUCUGCCCCUUUUUACGCAGGCAUGAAAAUUUCACGGUUAUUUAUUCAUUAUAUAGGUGGUAUCAAGAACUUCACAACACUGGAUAGUGCAUAUGAGAAAUGGGUUCUCACAAGACCAUUCCAAGCUGAAUAUGUCGACGCACUUUUAAACCAAGCUGGUCUAAACAACACCCAAAAUAAACCUCGAAAGUGCCUACGUGAUUCUGCAAUUAUUAAAUCUGAGAACAACGUCAAGGGCAUCGUGAAUGUGUUGAAGAAUGAUUUUAUUGAUCCCUUCAGCGGCGAUUUGGACCACGACAAAUUGUACAACCUAGCAUCUGGUAACUCCGUGACAGACGACGUAGCCGAAAGCCUUUUGACUGUCCAAGAGUGUGGGUUAUUGUUAAGAAACAAUUUCUUUGAGCGACUAAACUCGGAAUGUUCAGUUAAGGAUAAUUUUUUCAGCCCCAUAAAACAAGUUCAAUGGAAGAGUUUUACAGAUGCAAGUAAGAAGCUAAAGGUGUCUGCAAAGGGUAAAUCUAGGGAAAUCACUGUUCAGCGGGAUAUUCUCGGACUUCUUGCUGCCAAGUCACAAUAA